GUUGCUUAAUUUAGCUCCUUUUUUGUGGUUUUGGGAGAAGAAAAAAAAACUGAUAUAAUAAUGACAUGAUUUAUAUGAAUAAAUAAUUUUGUUUCGAGAAGAAAUGAUGAUGGAUGUAAAUAUUUUAUAUAAUAUUUUUGUUGGAGAAGAUUUUGGAAAAUCAUAAUAUUUUUUGUACCUGAUGGAACCUCCUGAAAAGCUCCUAAAAAUAGAUGAUAGUGAAUUAAAGGAAAUGCUACUAAACAUGCAGUCUUCAUUCCACAGCAAAUUAAAGAGCAUUGAAGAAAAGAUUGAAGGAGUCGGUUCAAAGUAUCAUAUGUUAGAAAGAAAAAUAGAAGACAUUAUAAAUAAUAUUAAGGAAUCUGCUCUUAAAGUAACUAAUCCUAAAUUUUCUAAUAUUCCCAGUGAUGCCUGUGUUCCAAAAUUUAUGUCUGCAAAUUGUGAAGAAGCUUAUCCCGAUGGUUCUUGGCUUGGUGAUCCAAACAAUAGUGAUCUUCGAGUGAGAUGCAGUAUAAAUCCUGUAGAUUUAGAAAUUAUCAAUAAUACAUGCCCAACUGCUGAAAAAAUGGCUUUAACUCUUCUUGAUCACUUAUUUGAUCGAGAAACUCAAGCAAGGUCUAAUAUAUCUGGUACUGGAAAACAUGGCAAGGAACAGUUGGAUCCUUUAAAAAUUUAUGGUAUCAAAUGUCAUGUAAUGUAUAUGUUUGGUAUUAGUCAUAAGGAAUGGCUUCGUAUUAGGCAAAAUAUUGAUUCCAAGUGUCGGUUUGCGUUUAGAAGAAAACAAAAAGGUUUACCCUUAACUGUUAAAGGUAGUAAAGAUAGAUCUUUGCAUGCCAAUAGAACUAACAGCUUACAGACCAAUGGAGAAUCUCAGUCAAAUUCAAAUCUUAUAGACCAAGCACAGAGUAUGAUAAUUGCAAAAACAGAGCCUCCAAUAGUGGAAUAUCUUCAAGAACAUGAAUUAGCAGAGAUUAUUCCAUUAAAAUUAGAACCUGAUGGAUAUUCUAUAACAUUUGCUGAAGGUAUUGCUACACAGAUUAUUCAUACGGAACAUGGAGAUAUUCAAGUUAUACAAGGUACUGAAGAACAACUUGAGCAAUUAAAACAGAAUCAUAAUAUAGAAAUUCUAUCACAAGCUGACAUAUUGACUGAUUCUGUUCUUGAUGUAACUCAGUAACUGUGCUUUGGAUUUUAUUUUUUUAGUCAUAAAUACGAAAAGUAUGCCAAAAUCUUGAGAUUAUUUGUAAUGAACUAAAAAACAUAUGCUAGAACCAGUGGUAGCUCAUCAACUCAGGAAUUGCUUCAAAACUUUUUGUUUCUAGAAGAAAAAAAAUAUUAUUGAAAUUUAUUUAAAAUGGACAACUUUGCCUCUUUUAAUCAUUAUAAUUUAAGAAAAUUGCCUGCAUAUCAGUUUUUGAAGAAUGACUUCUAAUGAUAGAAAACAAAUAUGUAUUAACUCCUUGACUUACAAAUUUACACAUCCUAUUUUGUCCUCCAAAUGACACAUUCUAUUUUUGACAUAUAUUAUUAUUUUAAUUCCUAUAAUAAUAAAAGGGCAUUUAGAAUAUUGAAACAUCUAUAAGUAAUUCUUGUAUUUUAAAUUACAUAAUUCCAGACUUAAAAUUAAAAAUUACGAUGUGUGUCUGGCUUGUCAUUGUAUGAAAAGGGGUUAAGUAUGUGCGAUUCUUUUGAGGAAAUUUGAAAACAGACCUAAAGCCAUAAAUUAACAAACAAGUAUAAAUAAAAAAAAUUAAGAGUGAAUUAGUGCUUUGAUAUGAGAAAACAUUGCCUCAAUGCUAAACAUUACUGCAAAAAUUCUUAUUGAAUCAUCAUUGAAUGCAUAUGGAGAGAAACCCAUUUUUUGCUGACCAUUCUGAUUCUUUGAGAUAUUCAAAUUUUGAAGUUUUUAAGGAAAAAUUACCAUGCAUUCUUAGAUUCUUAGACUUGUUUCUCCAAUUUGUUGACGCAUUCUUUUACCAUUUAUUAUUCUACUUUCUUUGCUCGCCGAACUGGCUGUACAAAAAAGGGGGGGAGGGUAAAAAAUCAGCUUUUAAAAUAAUAUCAGGAACUACAGCUCUAACUGAUGAGCCAUCACUGACUAGAAUCUUCUUCUUCAAUCAUAACUUUAAUUUAUUUGUAAGUAUGUUGAGAAGAAAACUAUGAAGUUGUGUGUGUACCCAAUUGUUUUAUUUAUUACUUGUAUAUUGUCUUUUGAUGUUGUGACAUUUUUGAAAAUAAAAAAGUAAUUUUUCUA